CAAUAAGCAAAGAGAAGGCAUAUCUAUGGCAUUAUCCACAGCGCAGGUUGAGGCUGAGGCUACCCGUCGCACUGCCAAUUACCAUCCUUCCAUUUGGGGGGAUCGUUUCCUUGUUUAUUCUGCUGCGUCUGCUACGGAGGGAGUGGAUGUAAGCGCAGAGCAGCGCCGACAUGAGCAGCUGAAAGAACGGAUAAGAACGACGUUGGUGACAGCUGCUUCUGCCGACUUCAUCGAUGCCAUCCAACGCCUGGGCGUGGCUUACCAUUUCGAGAGCGAGAUCGAGGCAGCAUUGCAGCGCAUGCGCGAGACCUGGCAUCAUCGACAGCUCCAUGACGCCGGCGGCGACUGUGUUUACGGCACAGCUCUCACUUUCCGGCUGCUCAGACAACAGGGGUUUCCUGUGCCUUCUGACGUGUUCAAGGAACUGAAGGGAAGAGAAGGCCAGUUUAAGGAAUGCUUAACGAGAGAUGUGGAGGCACUGCUAAGCUUGUACGAGGCUGCGCAUCUCAGGGUGCGGGGAGAAGACGUCCUGGAUGAGCUGGUCGCCUUCACCACUGCCCAGUUGGAGUCUGCCCUACCGGACCUUGGCGAUGCUCUUGCCAGCAAGGUGAUACAUGCUCUAAACCAGCCCAUCCGGACGGGCCUGACAAGGGUAGAGGCAAGGAGCUAUAUCUCUUUGUUUGAGCCAAAAGACCAUGAUGAUACACUCCUCCUGGACUUUGCCAAGUUAGAUUUCAACCUGUUGCAGAAGCUACACCAAAGAGAGCUCAGUGAGAUCACAAGGUGGUGGAAAGAUUUAGAUGUGCCAAAGAAGCUUCCGUUUGCAAGAGAUAGAGUGGUGGAGUGCUACUUUUGGAUAAUGGGAGUUUAUUUUGAACCCCAAUAUGAGCUCGGUAGAAGGAUACUAACCAAAGUGAUUGCUAUGGCCUCCAUUAUAGACGACACAUACGAUGUCUAUGGGACCUUUGAAGAACUUGCCUUUUUCACUGAUGCAGUUGAAAAGUGGCAUGUGGGUGCUACACGUCAACUUCCAGAGUACAUGAGGCUUUGUUACGAAGCAUUGCUUGAUAUUUACAACAUGAUUGAGGAGGAGAUGGCCAAACAAGGGAGGUCUUAUGCCGUCGACUAUGCAAAAUUAGCAAUGAAGAAGCUGGUGAGGGCUUACUUUGAGGAGGCCAAAUGGUUCCACCAAGCCUACACUCCAUCCAUGGAAGAGUACAUGCAAGUGGCGCUCGUAACCGGUGCUUAUGAGGUGCUUUCCACCAAUUCAUUUGUUGGGAUGGGUGAUUUGGCCACCCAAGAGGCCUUUGAUUGGGUGUCAAGUUGCCCUUUAAUCGUUAGGGCUUCCUCUAUUAUAUGUCGACUCAUGGAUGACAUGGUUGGCCACAAGUUUGAGCAGGAAAGAGGGCACAUAGCCUCUGCUGUGGAAUGUUAUAUGGAACAAUAUAAAGCAUCAGAGGAAGAGGCAAUAGUUGAAUUUGAGAAGCAAAUUGGAGAUGCAUGGAAGGACAUUAAUGCAGAGAUGUUACAACCAACUGUAGCGGCAAUGCCUCUGCUUGUGCGAGUCGCCAACCUUGCCAGAGUGAUAAAUGUUGUGUACAAGAACAAUGAUAACUACACUGAUUCUAGGACCAGGCUUAAAGAUUUUGUCACUUCCACACUUAUUGAAGCUGUGCCAACCUAGAACUACAAGUUACUACUAUAUCUCUUCUCUAAUAAGGUUUAAAACUGGUUUGCUUAUUAUAUAAGCAAAUAGGCUUUAUGGUGUACUAAAGUUUCUAUAAUUAAUUUCCAUAAUGUGCUUUUGUAACUUCUAUAUUCCAAAAGCAAAAUUUCCAUAACAAUUAUUUUUAAUAUCAAAUAUAUUUGAUAUUAAAAAUAUAUUUAAAAUUGAAAUGAAAUGUUAUUUCUUUGUCGUUAUUGGCUAAUAUUAGCCUCACGAGAUUGUGUUUUUUAGUUGAUAUCGGGACACUUAGUUAUGACAGUCAUGUAUUGAUGUGUUAAUCCAUUUACAUUGAUGCUACAGAAAAUCUAAAUAAUAAUUA